AUGAAAUCUGUCGAGGAUCAGGUUGUGGAAGAGAACACGUCUUUCCAGGACGAUGAGGAGUCUUUCUUCCAAGACAUCGACCUCCUACAGAAACAUGGGAUUAAUAUGGCAGACAUCAAAAAGAUGAAGUCGGUGGGUAUUUGCACCGUGAAGGGGAUCCAGAUGACCACACGCAAAGCUCUGUGCAACAUCAAGGGCCUGUCGGAGGCAAAGGUGGAAAAAAUCAAGGAAGCUGCAGGAAAACUACUGAGUGUUGGUUUUCAGACGGCCUUCGAGUACAGCGCCAAGAGGAAGCAGGUGUUCAACAUCACCACUGGGAGCCAGGAGUUUGACAAACUUUUAGGUGGUAUAGAGAGCAUGGCUAUCACCGAGGCCUUUGGAGAGUUUCGUACGGGAAACCAGCUGUCUCACACACUUUGUGUGACUGCACAGCUGCCAGGCGAAGACGGCUACUGCGGUGGAAAAGUGAUCUUCAUUGACACUGAGAACACCUUUCGCCCAGACAGGCUGAGGGACAUCGGUGACAGGUUCAAUGUGGACCAUGACGCUGUGCUGGACAACGUGCUUUAUGCCCGGGCCUAUACCAGUGAACACCAGAUGGAGCUGCUGGACUUUGUAGCAGCAAAGUUUCAUGAAGAAGGAGGAGUGUUCAAGCUGUUGAUCAUCGACUCCAUCAUGGCUCUGUUCAGAGUCGACUUCUCUGGUCGCGGCGAGCUGGCUGAGCGGCAGCAGAAGCUGGCCCAGAUGCUUUCCAGGUUGCAGAAGAUCUCUGAAGAGUACAAUGUAGCUGUGUUUGUUACCAACCAAAUGACAGCUGAUCCGGGAGCAGGAAUGACUUUUCAAGCUGAUCCCAAGAAGCCAAUUGGUGGGCACAUCCUGGCCCACGCCUCCACCACCCGUAUCAGCUUGAGGAAGGGCCGCGGAGAGAUGAGAAUUGCUAAGAUAUUUGACAGUCCUGAUAUGCCUGAGAAUGAGGCCACUUUCGCCAUCUCUGCCGGAGGAGUUACCGAUGCCAAAGAGUGAAGGAUCAAAUGAAGACGAGACACAUAAACAUCAGCUCUGUUCCCAGAUCACCU